AUGGCUGCGCCCAUUUGAUGUACACGUUUGGUACUAGAAUAAUUUGAUCAAAAUGUCAUCUGAAGGUGACGCACCCAAGCCAAAAGACACCGCGUCUAAAAGUAGUAAACUCAAGGGAUUGUUUGAAAUCCAAGAGCCGGGAUGGAAACAAAUAAAAACAACAUCUGUUUUCAGAGCUGUCAACUUUGAAUUGUAUACACGACCUAAUAAAGUUGCCAUGGUCUUUGGUGUUACUGCAUUUCUUAGCUGUGUGGGAUAUAUGGUCUACAUCAAUUACCAGGACCGGAAAAACCAUACCUAUGCUGCUAUGAACACUGAUGGGACACUGACAACUCGACCAAAGAUUUCAAGAUGGGAUUGAUCUUUUUCACAGUUGUUAAUGUGAUUAAUCAUGUUUACAAUAUUAAACAGAUCACUCUUGAUAACACUAACAGCUGUGAUGUGAUUGAUAAUAAUUAUCUUCAGCUGUUCCUCUGAGCUUUACUGUAAUCUCUACAGGUUUAACAGUGUAUAAGAAGAGUGAAUUAAUACACCAGUAGAUACCUAUAAAUAGAUACAUUAAGUUUGCUGUGUUUUGUGAUCAGGUUACAACCUUUUUGUUCAUAAUAGGUACACAUGUAUGGAUUGUGAAGAUAAGGAUAAUUCCACGGUAACAGACAUGACAAUCAAAUAUGUACAUAGGAUGCUACUGAACAACUGUGAUACACGAAUGUGCUUUUGUGUGCUUUAUGAUAAAGCAUACUAGCUAGCCAUGUUACAUAUCUCCAACAUAUUAAAACUAUGGUGAUAAGGUGAGCAGGAAAGUCCCCACAUGAUCAUGAUGAUGUUUAAUGGGACGUGGUUUUGAAGUGUCAUUGUUUUAUUCAUUAAUCCUGUGAAGUGUGUGCAGAUAACAAGUUGAUUAUAAAGUUUGUUCAUAGAUGGAAUUGUGAUCUACAUGUACCAGCUAAAUAAAGGAUAUUGAAUAUGGAAUUUGAGUCUGAAUUGGCAGUAACAUGCGUAACACUGUCCAAAAACGUCAAUUCAACAUUGAAAAAAAGAUAUUCAAAGCAAAUUCAAACUACAUUUUAAAUUUUAAAAUUAUGUUUUAUUAUAAAACGUCAAACAGAUGAAAGUCAUUAAAGCAAGAACAGUUACCGGUAAUGAAUAAUUGGUUAAAAGUUAAUGCUUCUUGGUUGGUCUAUUUUAAAUGGAAAUCUCUAUUUGAGAGAAGACAACAAUGUUUUGCAUACUAGUAUAUUAAUUAUGACUGACAUCCUCUUAAUAUGAUCCCAACCCUAAAGAGUAUUUUUCAAGCAACAAAAUGUUAAAGUUUGUUUUUCAUUUAAUAACACCACCAGAGCACAUUGAUUUAUUAAUCAUUGGUUAUUGGAUGUCAAACACUUGAUAAUUUUGACAUGUACAUGUAGUCUUCGAGAAAACCUGCUAUAUUUUUCCAUUGGCAGCAUGGUAUCUUUUAUAUAUACUUUUCCAUAGAUAGGGUAGCACAAAUCUUUAACAUUGGUUGAGAUGGCAAAUCCCAAUCAGAGAAUUGGAGCACCAAGGGGGCUUCGAUCCUGUGACCGAAGCACCUCGGGUGAGUGCUAUACCGACUGAGCUAGAUCCUGCCCCUAUUCAAGCAAUGAAGAUUUUUCAGAUGCAUAUGCUUGUACAAAUGACAAAUGUAUGAAUUUCACUCUGCAUCCAUGAAUCAUGUACCCGCAAAGCGAACCCUCAGUGGUCCAGUUGGCCAUUUAGUUUGCAGAUUAACUGUUAAUGCUGGAUCCCACAAAUAUCUUAUACAGGGUAUGUCAAAACUACCACUGUAUGUUGUGUUUCUGAGAGAUGUCACUUCAAUAUCUUUCUUGAUUUUGUCAAGUGUGAUGACUUCUGUCACAUAUUUCCUUUCAGAAUUGUUUGUCAAAAACAGUCCCACCUUGGGACAAGUCACUGAAAGUAACUGAAUCAAACUGAGGAUACUUUGGAUCUUGUGCAAAAGUACUUGAGAUCAGAGAAUUCUCCCCAACACUUAGAAUUAACAAGAACAUUUUAUCAUCUUGUCCAACUUGGGGAUUUGGGGGCAACAUGUUUUGUUAUUUCAAGCUGUAAUCUAGAUCAGGCAUUUGAGGUUUGUCCAGGAUGUCAUGUGUGUUACCCGUAAGUCACAUAUUGUGUUGUAGCAUUAUUUUUAUAGUUUGCUUGGAAUACAUGUAUAUAUUUAAGAGUGAAACUAGAAUGUAUGAUUAUAUAUUAGAAGUAAAAUGUUUUAUAUUAAAAUUAUUAAAAAUUUAUUUUAAAAGAAAAUUGGUUUAAAUAAAAUAAAAUAAAAACACCUGUACCUCCAUAUUUGUAGGUUCAUACGUUUGAACAUGCGUUUCUUAUUGUUUAAUAUUGUACAUCUGAAA